AUGCCGGCACGUAAUUUGGACUAUGUUUCUUUGGAUCUCUUAGUUGUAUACGGCGAAGAUUCCGGAAUGUAUUCAUGUCGAGCAGUUAGCGAUUUUGGUGAAGCAGUUACCUCAUGCACCGUCAAAUGUCAGCCAACGGAAUCUUUGCUUCUGGAUACGCAGCAUCAGGAAUCGUGGAAUCAGAUUCAGGAUAUUGAAAACCGUCGGCCCGAAGAACCAAUCUAUGUGGAACCGCAAAAAAUUAUGCCGCGAUUUGUGGUACCGUUGCCGGCUCAAGUGGGUCAGUUCGGUGAGGGUGAACCAAUUCAUAUGGAAGGACAGGUCAGCGGUUUCAUCCCUGAAAUUCAAAAAUACACAUUAGCAUUUUAA